AUGACACAGCUUACUCUCUUUUCUUGCAGAGGAAUACUUUACGAUGUUGGAAAAAAUGAGCAAAAAAGCGAAGAACAUCUUGAUUACAACCCUAAUGGUAGAGUUCCUACAUUAAUUGAUCAUCAAAACAAUGGCUAUGCGAUUUGGGAGUCGGCUGCUAUUUUGGCAUACUUGACAGACAAACAGGGUGCCAUUUGGGGACAAGCAGGCUGGUUGAACUUUUUUCAUCCAGAACCUGUUGCGUCGGCCGUUACUAGAUACAGAAACGAAACAAAGCGUGUGCUCGGUGUUUUAGAAAGAAUUCUCCAAAACAAAGACUAUCUCGUUACUGACAAGUACACGAUCGCCGACAUGUCUUUUAUUAAUUGGAACGAUUUGCUACCUCCGCUUUUUGGAAAAGGAAGGCAUGAAUUCAAAGAAGAUCUUCCACAAUUGGAUUUCGAAAAGGAGUUUUCCAAGACCUAUGCUUGGCAUCAAAGUCUUACGGAGCGUCCUGCUGUUGCUGCCAUCCUGAAGGAAUGGGAACAAUCUCGUCAACAAUAA